AUGGAGCAGGAGUUAGUGAGCUACGCGGGCGUGGCGUGGCGGGGCCGCGUCGUGGCGGAUUAUGGUCGCGAGACGGCCGCGCUCGCACCGGCUGUCACGGAGGCGAUCAAAGACCUCCCUCCUUUCGCCGCGCAGCUGUCACUCGGCUGCGGGCGGGUCUUUGCGCUCAUCCAGCGCGCGCGCGACGAGCCUUUGAAUUCCGCUGCUGCCACGUCGACGGCGGAAGCGCAGCGUGCGAACAGCGCAAACGGCGCGAGCGGCGCGGGUGGCGCGGGUGGCGCGGACGAACAGUCUGAACGCGCCGCCAGCGGAGUGGCCGAAGCGUUGCGCGGGAGUGACUAUAACGGGGCGGUAUUUUUUCUGAUUUGCUACGAGCCGCUAAGUAAAGACCAAGCGCGCGCGCUUCUCGGGCGGAUCCGAUGCGCGUUUCAAGACGCCGUGAUUGCCGCUGGCAAAGCUGCUUCUCUUAAAGAUGCCGAGCUUUGCGACGACGACGCGCUUCGCGCCUCCGUCCGCCUAUCGCUUGCCGCUACGUUUCGAUGCUUUCGCGGGCGGAUCGCCGACGAGCCUUCGGAUCUAAUUGUGUAUGAUGAUGCUCCUAACGCGUACAAAACCCGCGUGGAAGAACGGCCUUCUAACGAACACGGUGAGAGUGACAGUUGCGAUAGUGACAGUAGCGAAUCCGGGAGCGGAAGUGAAGGCGAAGCUGAGGGAGAGGGCGGAGGGAGAAAAACGAAGAAAAAAAAGGGUAAAUCGAAAAAGAAGGGGAAAAAAGAAGGGAAAUGGGACUGGGUGAAAAAACAGGAGGACGCUGAGAACAGAAAGGCGCAGCGGGCAGCUGAAAGAGCUAGGGCCCAAAAACGGGCAGCCGAAAGGGUUGAGGGUGAUUCGGAAAACGCGCAGGAAAAAUAUUGUGGAGCGGGGGAAGCACGCACGGGGGGAGGCGUGGGGGAAAGGGGAGGGGAAAAGGGGGCGGGAGGGGAAGCUGACGCGGACGCGCAGCUGUUGGCGCUGAAGCGGGAGAUAGAGGAGGCGCAGGAGCAGCUGGAGAGGCUGCAACGGGGGGAGGUGGUACCUGCAGUGCAGGCCGAAGUGAAAGAUGGCGAGGCGCAUCAAGGUGAGGCGCAUCAGGGCGAGGCGCAUCAGGGCGAGGCGCGUCAGGGUGAAGCGCAUCAGGUUAGGAUCUCCCAGCAACGACAAGAGCAGGAACAGGAGCAACAGCAGCAGGAGGGGCAGCAGCAGCAGGAGGAGGGGCAGCAGCAGGAGGAGGAGGAGGAGGAGGGGCAGGAGGGGCAGCAGGUCGGAACAGAGGGUUUGCGCCUGGCUGGCAGAUCUUUGUCCGUAUCCAUCUCCCUGGACCAAUACGAUGAAAGCACUGACGUCAGCAAGCACUUGCAGUCCUGGCACAAGGAGAAUGCAGCAGUGCAGGCAACACCUGAUGCGUCACCAUGUGCUCGUGCUGACGUGGCAGCAGCUGCCAGUGAUCCAGUGCCAGCUGGCAGUGUCGUCCCAGCAGUGGCUAUUGCGCUGGAGCAGAAGCAGCCAAGAAGCUUCACUCCCACUUCAAACCCCCCUCCAUGGGGUGUAAUUAGCACUCCUGCAAAAGCAGUAGUUAAUCCCCCAUCCCUCCACAGUGGUAUUGAAUUGUAUCAAAGUUACACAAAGGGGGAUGUUGCAACCAGCACUACAGCCGGCUACGAUGAUUCUGCUGACAUCAGCAACAGGCGUCCGCCGAGCUUCUCGCUGGAAGAUCCACGAGGCGAAACGGCGGCGGCACAAGAAUCCAAUUUCCGGGCGGCAGAAGCCGUCUUCAGCGCAGAACAGACGAAUGUUUUUGGGGCAGUAGAAGGAAUGAGUUUUCCUGCCAUGGUUGGUGCACGGUCGCUGAAACCCGCUCACUCCAGCAACAGCAUUGGCUGUAGCGGCGGCGGCAGCACCGCCUGUAGCAGCAACAGCACCAGCCUGCCGGCCAGACUCCUCUCAGACGUCCCAGCGCCGCUACAACCGGAUUCUCUGCUACAGCCGGAUCCGGCGGCGGCUGCGGUGGCUGCGGCAGCAGCAGCAACAGCAGGAGGAAAAGGAGGGAGCAUAGCAAGUGUGGCAGAUGGGGGAGAGACUUUUGACCUGGAGGAUCUCUGCAGGGAUUCAGGAGAGUUUCCAGGUGGAUUCUCAGGUGAAUUUCCGCGUGACUCUUCACAGGGGAGUUCCCAGGGGAGCUACCGAGGUAAGAAGGGGUUGGCUUCUCUGUUCAGGUUCAAGACUGCCACGUCAGCAUCUGCUGGUAAGUCACCCAAGGGGGGGUGGGCAGGGUUAGGAGGAGAAAAGGCAAAGACUCCAAAGGGGGGGGAGGGAGAUGUAGAUUGUGACAGUAACGAGGGUGGGGGUAAAGAUGGUGAUUCUAGCGGAAGGAGGCUGACGAUAUGGGGGAAGGGGAGUAGCAAGGAUGGGAGUGGGAAGGAGAAGAGUGGGAAGAAGGGGAGCGGGAAGGAGAGGAGUGGGAAGAAGGGUGUUCGUUGCAACAGCAGCAGCAAUCUCGCGGCACAGGGCACUGAGAGCGAUAUACUCGCUAUAGAGAGCUCCAUGAGCAACAUAAGCAGCCCGUUAACAGGAACGCCGAAUUCCGGGACCCCCCUUGCCGGCACCCCUCAGGCCGGCACCCCCCUUGCCGGUACCCCCAAGUCGCUCACUCCCCGUUCUGCCACGCUGCCUUCGUUCCAACUCCCCGUUGAUAGCAGCCCCCAGCACCCCGUCAGCAGCCCUAGAGUCCACGUCAGCAGCCCCAAGAUCCACGUCAGCAGUCCCAAAGUAAUUACCCGGCCGCGGUCGCCUUUUCCAGACUACGAGCCAGAGCAAGAGCGAGAGAAGCAAGAGCAAGAGCUAGAGAAGCAGCAGCAACAGCAGCAGCACCACCACCACCGCCAGCAGCAGCAGCAGCAGCAGCAGCAGCCACAGCCCCCAUGGGGGUCCCAUCCCAAUGCAUCCCCACCAAACCACCCUUCUGCACCCCCUUCCUCCCUCCUCACCUCAUCUCGCCCUCCCUACGCGCCCAUGCAACCCCCCAUGCACCCUGCUGCCACCACCACGGUCUUUGCUCGGAGCACAUUGAGUCGCGCUGGCAGCAGUGUUGGGGUGGUGGUGAGUGUCAAGCAGGGCCGCAGCGGGGUUGAGAGUGGUGGUAGUAGUGGUGGCGGCAGCAGCAGGGAGGGCAGCCCAUCUCGCCCCUUUGGUGCUGGUGGGAGGAGUGCGAGUGUGGGGGCUCUAAGCACGCUGCUGGGAAGGUCGAGAGAGGAGGGGAGGGCGAGAGAGGAGGGGAGGAUGAGGGGAGAGGGGAGGGUGGAGGGUAAGGGGGAGAGGGAAGGAGGGGGGAGGGGCAGUGGGGAAAGUGGUGGCAGUGCUGCUGCUGCUGCUGCUGCGGGUGGUGCAGGUGGUGCAGGAGGGGGGCUGAUGGGAAUGUGGGCGGCAGCAGCAGGGAACAACCCUCUUAGCCGACAGCCCAGCAGUAGCAGCUUCUCAACUGGUAACCACUCAAGCAGUAACCGCAUGCAUGCUGGUUCGGAUGUUGGUUCGGAUGAUGGGGCCGCUGCUGCUGCUGCAGCUGGUGGUGCUGCUGGUGGUGCUGCUCGUGGUGCUGCUGGUGGUGCUGCUGGUGGUGCUGCCGCUGCUGCUGGUGCUGCUGCUAGUGCUGCCGCUGUUGCUGCUGGUAGUCCAGUAGCGUCCACCCCUCCUGGCACUCAGCACCUCUUCUCCCCCACUGGUUCGCUCUUCUCCCCGGCUCGAAGGAAGAAGGGCGAGGGAAAGGGGCCGACGGGGAAGCAGGAGAAGGCGACGGGUGGGGAGGGGCCGGCGGUCGGAACGGGAAAGGGUGUGCAGGGGGAUUUCACUGAGGAGGAGGAGUGGGAUGAGGAUGAGGAGGAGGAUGAGGAGGAAGAGGAAGAGGAGGGGGAGGGAGCAGGGAUCGAUGCGUGGAAGCUUCUGGAGGAGGGGAAGGGAGGGGAGGGAGGAGGGAGGAGCAACCGCCGGGUGUCGCUGUCCGGUUGGCCGGGUGGGGGUGCGUUUGGUGCGAAGAGCAAGAGCGUGGGGAACAGCGGUGGGAGCCGGGAGAGACGCAGGACGAGCAUUAGUGGGGUGGUGCGUGGGGCGGGAGGAGAGGGGGAGCAUGGUAAGGGAGAAGGGAACAGGGGGCAGAGGCAUGGUGGGUUGGGGGUUGGGAAGGAUGGUGAGCGUGUGGGUGUGCAAGCAGCAGGUGCUGCUACAGCUGCUUCUCGAGUUGCUGCUACAGCUGGGGCUACUGUGGGUGGUGAGGAGGAAGAUGAUGGGGGAUGGGCACAGGUGCUGGGUCAGAGAGGGGGGGUGAAGUCCAAGGGGAGGGUGAGCUGCUCCGUGUGA